AAUAAAUUGUUUUGCACUUCCUACAAUUUUGGACUGCAAAACAUGGCUUUUGCAGAGCUAUUAAACAAUGCUUUAGACGAGGCUUGCAAUGGAGCUACUUAUGUUCACAUUGAUAUGUUGGAAAAUAAGAAAGGUGCUGAGUCCAAGAUGUUGCUGGUUGAAGGGAUUGAUGGAAAAAGCCCAACAAAGAGUAUUGGAAUGCUUUCCUACACAUUUUUUAUGGGGACUGGAAAAGAGGAUAUUGUGGUUCCAAUGAUUGACUAUGAGAAAAGAGAACAAGGUUGGACCAAGUUGGUACGUUCUUCUGAGGAUGAUUGGAACAGAAAUUUAGAAACCAUAGUGCAGUGGUCACCAUAUCUUAGUGAUCAAGAUUUACUCCAUCAAUUCAAUUUCAUCAAAGAUCAAGGUACCCGGAUUGUAAUAUACAAUCUUUGGGAGGAUGAUGAAGGAGAGUUGGAACUAGAUUUUGACAUAGACAAACAUGACAUUCAGAUUAGAGGAGUCAAUCGAAAUCCAAAGAACAUAGAAGAUGCAAAAAAAUAUCACAACUGUAGGCACUUCUUUACUUACCGGCAGUCUUUAAGGAGUUAUGCAUCAAUUCUCUACCUUCAACUUCCACCUAAUUUCAAAAUGGUUUUGCGUGGGAAAGAAGUUGAGCAUCAUAACAUCGUGAAUGACAUGAUGGAAGCUAAGCAGAUGAUAUACAAACCUACCUGUGUUAAAAAGAAUAUACCAAAUGAUUCAGCUGUGAACGUCUCUCUAGAUUUUAACUUAUGGUUGCAACUUGCAACUGUUAAGAUAGGGUUUGUGAAGGAUGCAUCACAUCAUGUUGAUGUUCAGGGAUUUAAUGUUUAUCAUAAAAAUCGACUUAUCAAGCCAUUUUGGAGGGUCCGGAAUGCUGCUGGAAGUAAUGGCCGUGGGGUGAUAGGUGUUUUGGAGGCUAAUUUUCUCGAACCAGCUCAUGACAAACAAGGUUUUGAGCGCACUACAGUGCUUUCAAGACUGGAGGCAAGAUUGGUUGCAAUUCAGAAGGACUACUACCGUGCAAUUCUGCUCUUCUUCUCCCCUGCAGCUCCCGAAAGCCCCCAAGCUGACGACAGCCCUCCCUUGAAGAAAAAUCGAUCUAGCUGCUGUUUCCUCCCCCUCCGUACACUGCUAUUGCCGGUGAGAGUCAAUUCCGUGACUCCCCUGCAUUUUCGGUCAGGCCCCCAAACCUGCCAGCUCCAAUUUCUGCUGCUGCUGGGAAAUUUUGGUAUGUUGACAGCUCCUCCAAACUUGAAAUUUCAUCAAUAAAUUGCUGGCUGUGUUGUCCAAAUUUUACAGAAAAAUGGGGAUGAAUUCCGGGAGCAAUUAGAGCAUUUUAAGCGUGUUUUGUUGCUUAAUUCAUGUAGGAAUUAGUUUAAUUAGGCUGCUGUGAUUUUUGGAGACUAAAUCCCGUGAAUUAGCUAGUGUUUUGGCCAAUUUUUGGAAGUUGCAGUGCUGUUCACGGCGUAAGCACUGUUCACCGGCACUGUUCAUGCACUGAUGGCCAACAAUUAAAGGGGAUUUAAAUGUUUAGUUUGUAAUAUAAGAACAAAUUUGGAGAUGUCCGGUCAUUUGGAGAUUGAUAGGAAUAGCAUCGUGAUUAGGGGUAGUCAUGGUGAUUUUACUUUUGAACCCGUGUGGCACGAUAAUUAAUUUUUGGAUAUUUUGAUUAUAUUCCUGAUUCUUCUGUUAGUUUAGCACUAAGAUCGAGUCUUCGGUUUUAUGCGAGUGAGGUAAGUAAAUUUAUGGUAAUGACUAUACAGUUUUUAAAAGCAUAUUUUGAUUUGUUUUUGAAGUAGUGGCUGGACUAAACUUGUUUUAUACAAAAGUAAGUAUGACUGAUUUGAAGUGAAAUUUUUAUGUUUUUUAUUAAAUUGAGCAUGCCUAC